AUGAAACCUUGACAAAAUCUACUUAAAAUAGCAUAUUUCCUCGAAUUUAAUGCAUAAACAUACAUGCGGGAUGAGCGCACAGUCGAGCACACUCCACAAGUAAGGGGGAAGCUUAAGCAACUUAAAUCUUAUCAGCCGGCCAAAGCACGGCUCUUUGAUAAGGCUGGCUAGUUCUGUAGUUCCACGCAUUUAGUUUAGAGAAAUAAUAUUAAUAUUAAAUAACAUUUUUAAGCUUACUGAACACCUUAAGAUCCAAGAUGUUGUAAGUAUUUGAUACAAUAAAUCAAAUAUUUAAAUAAUCAAUCCCCCUUUCAGAGGCAGAGGCUGCAAGAUCAAUGCCAUGUGCUUUCUUAUCUUGGCAGUAGCUGCAGUUGGCGUGACCAGCCAGGAGGAGCCCCGUCGGAUGGGUGCCGUGGUCUCCAACGGCAUAGGCUGUGCCGAGGUGGGUGGCAACAUCCUGGAUAUCGGAGGAUCCGCAGCGGAUGCCGUCAUUGCCACCAUGCUUUGUGAGGAAGUAGUGGUACCUCAUGCUCUGGGCAUUGGUGGCGGCUUUGUGGCCACAAUUUACACCAAGGAAACGGGCUCUAUGGAGUCUCUAAUUGCCCGUGAAACAGCCCCGGCGGCUGCCAAGCAGGAUAUGUUCAUGGGACGGGAGGAGGUGUUCACGGGAGCCAUUGAUAGUGGAGUUCCUGGUCAGAUCUAUGGUUUGGCCAAACUACAUGAAAAGUAUGGUCGGCUACCCUGGAAGAGUCUAUUCCAGCCCGCAAUCAAUCUUUGCCGGCAGGGUAUUGAGGUUUCCGAAAAUCUGUCCGCUGCCCUUGUAAAGCGUAAGAAAUACAUCUGGAGUAGGGCCUCACUGGCCGAGAUCUUCAUUAAUCCCAAGACGGAUAAUAUGUAUAGGAAAGGUGAGAUCAUGUACCGUCACAGGCUGGCCAACACACUGGAGAUCUUGGCCGAGGAAGGCGCUCAGGCUAUUUACGGAGGCGGCAGCUUAGGACGAAAGCUGGUCGAGGACAUCCAGGAAAUGGGCGGCAUCAUCACCGAGGAGGAUCUGAAAAGAUACAAUGUUCGCUGGGAACGCCCUCUGCACAGUCGCUUUCACGGCUACGAGCUAUACACAUCUCCAUUGCCCACCAGUGGCGCUGUGCUCAUCUUCAUCCUGAACGUAAUGGAGCCGCUGUUUACAAACAACACGGACAUCUACUGGCACCGACUGAUCGAGACCUUUAAGCAUGCCUAUGGUCGUCGGUCCAAUUUGGCCGACAUACACUACGAACCAGAUGUGCAGGAGAUGUACGAGAACCUCAUUAAUCCGGCCUUUGCAGCUGAGAUCCGUAGGCUGAUCCGGGACAACACCACCUUUGAGGACUUGACCUAUUAUGGGGCAAAUUUCACCAAUGUUGAGGAUCAUGGGACGGCGCACAUCUCCGUGCUGGCACCCAAUGGAGACGCCAUUUCGGUCACCAGCUCCAUAAACGCUGAUUUUGGAGCCAAGGUGCGAUCCCGCCAGACGGGUAUCAUUCUCAACGGCCAGAUGGAUGACUUCAGCACGCCGGGAAAGAUAAACUACUAUAACUUACCACCCAACCCCUUCAACUACAUCAAGCCCGGUAAGAGACCCCUCUCCUCCAUGUGUCCCAGCAUCGUGUUGGACUCGCACGGCAAUGUAAAGCUGAUUGUGGGUGGUGCCGGUGGUGCCACAAUCACCACCACGGUGUCCCAAACAAUUCUCAAGUAUUUGGUCCUGCACGAAUCCAUCGAAGAUGCUGUAAAUGGGCCUCUAUUACAUCACCAACUGGUGCCAAUGAUAAUCAGUACGGAGCAUGAGCUGAACAACCAUACAAUCGCCCAUCUAGAGGCCAUGGGUCACCGUGUGAAGUUUCAACUAUUGCAGCACUCUGCCCAGACGGCCAUCGGAGUUACGGACGGAAAGCCAGAGCCAGUCUGUGAUCAAAGGAGAUACGGGAGUGUUGUGGUCGUAAAGCAACCAAAGCUCAUAGAAUGAAUCAAAUUUAACGGCCAGUUGGAAAUUUUGAAUCUCCUCUGAAAUAAAUACCAAGGGGCAAAAAAAUACCAAAACAGUGCUGCCAGAAGGUGUCAUUAUUGUCAGUUAUUUUUAAAAUCAACGUCUACAAUUAACUGAAAUUUCAAUAAAAUCGAAUUAUAAGCAUUAUUUCAACUA